AUGGCCAGCAACAUCCUGUUCCUCCCGUUCCGACGGUCACACUCGGUAAAUCUCACCGACGCGAUCAAGCAGUACAUAUCCUCCAAAUAUGACCAACAUCCAGAUAUGUUCACCAAAGACCUGGAGACGAUCGAGAAGCUCCGUUCGGUUGCAACACACGCCCAAGAACCGCAUCCCAGCAACAUCCCGAAGCUUCAACAAUACGCGGCGCAGCUGAUAUGGCUGAGUGGGAAGUUUCCCAUCGACAUUGGCGUAGAGUUCCCAUGGUAUCCUGCGCUGGGAUACAAUACGAGCCGGCCGACAUCGCGCAACAACCUCCGCUUCGAACUCGCCAACAUCAUGUUCAACCUCGCGGCCAUGUACUCGCAGCUAGCCAUGUCGUCGAACCGAAGCACGCCCGACGGACUGAAGAUGGCAGCCAACAACUUCUGCCUCGCCGCUGGAGUCUUGUCGCAUUUGAGGAAUACCAUCUUGCCCGAGAUACGGACAGAGCCGCCAGAGGAUAUGGAUUUGAUGACACUCGAGUGUUUGGAAAAGCUGAUGUUGGCACAAGGGCAAGAAUGUUUCUGGCAGAAGGCCGUCAAGGAUGGAAUGAAAGACGCGACUAUCGCCAAACUAGCCGCUCGUGUAUCUGAUCUUUACAACGAGGCGGGAGACGCUGGGAUACAAUCGGACGCUAUAAGCAGCGAGUGGAUACACCACAUGACGGCAAAGCACCACCACUUUGCUGCUGCUGCUCAAUACCGUGCAGCCUGCGAUUCCCUCGAAAAGCGCAAUCUGACUUGCGUGAACGAGGCCCUCAAGGAGCAGCGCUACAUCAACAAGGUCGUACUUGCAGACCUGAACGGCUUGAAGAACCGCAUCACGGAAGACCUGAAGCGGGCCGAGAAGGACAACGAUAUGAUCUACCUGCUACCCGUACCGCCAAAAGCAGAGCUCAAAAUCCUCGAUCGAGCCAACAUGGUUGUGUCAAGAGUUCCAAAGGAGAUAGCUGAGUCCAACUCCAUGUUAGGAGAGCGCGGUGAGCUUGGCCCAGCGCUUUUCUCCAAGUUGGUACCUUAUUCCGUGCACCUGGCAGCUAGUAUCUAUGUGGACCGCCGUGAUCGAUUGGUCAAUGGUACCAUUGUUGAAGAGCUAGAGGCAUUGACCAACAAGAUCCAUGAGGUACUCCGCAGCCUGAAUCUACCUGGCUCCUUGCAGGCUCUUGAGAAGCCACUAGGACUACCGCCAGGUCUUGUAGCACACGCCGAAGAAAUUCGCCAGCAAGAUGGCAUCAAUCGUCUCUUACGCUCGAUGGAGGAUACGAAGAAGCUCAUGUACACGGAUCAGGCUAUCUAUCAAGAAGGCGUCGACAUACUCAGGUCGGAAGCUGCAGAGGACGAAGGCGCACGACGCAAGUUUGGCACAGAACGUUGGACCCGACCCCCCGCAGAACAAGCCGCACCCAAGCUCUAUGCCCAGAUCAACGAAAUUGAUGGCUACUUCAAGGCCGCCACCAACAGCGAUAAUAUUGUGAAGACAAAGUUGAAGGAGAAUGAGCACUUCAUACGCCUACUCAGCGGACCGGAUCACGAGCUUGAAAACUAUGUACCAAGCGGUAGGAGACCCGCAAUCACUGGAGAUGUCGAACGCGAAGCUGGCAAGCUUCGUGGUAGCUUCAACGAGGUCAGUAGGCUCGAAAGCAGGCGAAGACGAAAGAUCGAGGCAUUGCGAACAAAGGCAAAGCAGGAUGACAUAAAUCCGGAAUUGCUGCGUGAAGCUGCUCGCUUAGAGCGGGAGUACCCUAUGCAGACAAUCGAGGCUGUGCAGUUCGAAGGGCUUUUCGACAAGCGUCUCCAGAUGUACGAUGCCGACCAAGACAUGAUCAAAGACGAAGAGAAUGAGCAAACAGAGGCCAUCAAGCGACUGCAAGAUGCAAACGCAGCAUUCUUAAUCGCUCGUCGCGGCGACCAAUCAACGAAGAAGCGUGAGCAAGCGUUACAGAACCUGGAGAAUGCAUAUUUCAAGUACAAGGAGAUCAUCUCCAAUCUCGACGUUGGACGAAAGUUCUACAAUGACCUCGCUAAGAUCGUGAACCGAUUUAGAGAUGAAGCGCGGACUUUUGCUUACAACCGCAAGUCAGAGGCGUCACACCUGGAGGGCGAUCUUACUACACGAAUGAGCUCCCUCGGCCUUCAGCAAGCGACGACGAAUUCGCUGCAUCAGCAGAAACAGGCAGACGCACAAAACCCAAAUUAUGGUGCCACUGCACAUGCAGAGGAGCCAUUAGCAGCUCCAACGCCGACCAGAGCAAACGUACCUCCGCCGUCCGGUAUGUGGACACCAGAGGUUGGAAUUCGAUUUGGUGGUGUGCCUACAUCGUCUGGCAAUGCUCGACCUUCGGCUGGUCCUCCGCAGGAUGGGCGAUGGGAUCCUGCGCAAGGUCUGAAAUUUGGUUAA